AUGCCUCUUCAAUACUCCCCUGAGUUCCUCAAAGCCCUCGCGCCAUUACUUCCUGCUCUGACAUCACGAGCUAAGCCGGCGAUUCACGACAUUCAAUCACGGAGAAACAACCAUGGCUUCGUAGAGAAGCUCCUGGACGCUUUCCCCACCGCUACGGAAGUUGAGGAGACCGUUCACCAUGCUGAAGCAGCAGACGGGUACCAAAUUGCUGUGCACGCUUUCACGAGGAAAGAAAAAUCGCACACGCCGACUGCCGCGGUUCUGCAUUGCCAUGGUGGAGGCAUGAUAAUGGGGUCGGUGGCGGCGUUUAGCAAGGGGAUUGCUAAUCAAGUUGCAAGGACUGGAUUACCGUUCUUCAGUGUCGACUAUCGUCUUGCACCCGAACAUACCGGCACGGGCCCGGUCGAUGACUGCUACCAAGGGUUACUCUGGGUUAUGGAACACUCGACGCAAUUCGGUGUGGACUCGAGCAGGAUCGCAGUUAUGGGAGAAAGUGCAGGUGGCGGUAUAGCCGCCGGCGUAGUCCUUCAGGCUCGUGACAAGGGCUUGCGACCGCCACUGGCAAAACAAGUGUUGGUUUAUCCAAUGCUUGACGACAGGAAUAACAAGCCUAUUGAGGCACUCGAGCCACUAGCUUUCUGGAAGGACAAAGCCGGAAUCCCUGAGGCGGAUGUCUCCGAAUACGCUGCUCCUGCACGCGCAAAGAAUUUGUCAGGGCUUCCCUCAGCGUACAUUGAUGUAGGAGGCCUGGAUAUCUUCCGCGACGAAGAUAUUGAAUUCGCGAGGCGGCUUGCAGCUGAGAAUGUUGAGAUUGAGUUCCAUUUGUUCCCAGGUGUUCCUCAUGGGUUCGACUUGCUCGCCCCAGAUGCGCCAGUCAGCAUACGCGCCAACGAGCACCGGUACCGCGCACUGUCGACCAUUUGA